GGCAAGGAGCCGGAUCCCUACGUGAAGCUCUACCUGCUUCCGGACCCGACGAAGAUGACCAAGCGCAAGACCAAGGUCGCACACAAGACCUUCCAUCCGACGUACAACGAGAUGAUCAUGUAUCGUCUGCCGCUCGACGUCAUCGGCACGCGCACGCUGUCGGUGACCGUCUGGAACUACGACAUGCUCAAGGAGAACGACUUUCUCGGCGCCAUCUACGUGAAGCUGGACUGCCUCAACCUCGCCGACGACACGACCGACUGGUACGAGCUGCAGAACCUCAUCCGCCGAUGAUGCUGAUGCUGAUGCGAGCGGGAGGCUGAGGAAGCGCGAAGCCAUGUGUAAGGAGGAGGAGCACAUCAUCGAUGACGUAACCACGGGUGAAGGAAGGCCGUGGUCGAAGAAGCCACACGGACUUCACACGGGCAUGCCGGGAUGCGCCGCGGGGAAGCUGCGCACGCGCUAACGAAGCGCUGACGUUCGCGGACAGUAGCAGACGGAGAUGCUUGCAAUGCGAGGAAGCUGGGAGCGCGGCGCCGUGGCGAUGCAGCGCUCGUUAGCAGCAGCAGGUAGCGCAGAGUUCGGGGGCGAGCGACGAGCGGUGACGAUGCGGCGAGCUCGACCCGGAGUCAGGGUGCCAUGGUAACACCGGUGGC